UAGUACUGCAGCAAUUUUAAUUCUAGUGCAAGAAAAGUGUAAUUUUUAGCAAUGACAACUGUCAUGAUGGCUACAACGAACCAUGCUGCUCCGGCUGCGACACACAAAUGCUUCUUAUGUGAAGUUCCUCGAGGGCCUUGGGCUAUGCUCUACGAUUUUUCCGAGCCCGUUUGCAGAGCCUGCUGCAACUACGAAGGUGUAGACAAAAUCAGUGAGGUUAUUGAGAAAGCAAAACAACUGAGAAAAACUUUUGAUGUUCCACCACAGAGAAGUAUAAAUCUGCAGCAACAUUCACCUCCUGCAAUGCCUCAGAACCAUUUAAACAGUCCCCAUGAACAGCAAGUGCUUGGAUUCAUGCCGGCAGUGACCGUUGGUGGAGUUACAAGACCUGUAGUAGCUCACAACCACCUAAGACACCAUCCUUCUUCUCCUGCAUACAUGAUUAGCUCCAGAGAUGGAAUGGGAAAAGUGCAUGUUGUCUCUCCUGUACCUACUAGCAAGAGUAUCCCUGGAUUUGCUGCAAUACCGACAAUGGCCCAGCAGAAUUUUGCAGCACAGAUGCAGAGAGUGAAUGGAGCAGUUGCUCCCACUUCAGUAUAUUCUCUUCACAACAACAAAGUUCAUUUUCCAACUGAUGUUAUUCCUACUCCUGACAGUACUACUCAGAGAUUUGCUCAAAUUCAAGACACUCUAAACACUCUUUCGAAAUCUCCUCCAUUUCGUGUUCGAUUCAGCAAAGAUCAUUCUCUUAUCGGUCGAGUUAUUGCAUUCGAUGCUGUCUGCCGAGGUUCCGAUUAUGAGCUUAAAGUUUUCAUCGAGUAUCCCGUUGGAAGUGGUACCGUUUUUCAGAGUGCAUCUGGUGCGGGAAGACAGAUGUACGGCGAGUUUCGAGAGCGACUUGGCAUCGGCGGUGGAUUUCGAGGAGCUUCUUCGAACGGCUACAAAGAUCUCGAAUUUGAGCGAUUGAACGGUGAAGAUGACUGGAAAGUUCUCGGUGAGCUUCUAACCGAAGAAGUUCGUUUUUUCAGAGGCUCCAUGAAGAAAGAUCUCUUACCUACUCCCUUCCUCGACCCUAAGUUCCCUGAACUUCCUCCUGCUACAUUGAAUGCAACGAGAGGGUUCCUCAAAAACAACCUUCUAAACCGCAAGAGAAAAUCGUCAAGUGAAGACCGAGAUGGAAGUGAUUCAAGAAAAGAACGAAAGAUUGAAGCUGUAAAUGGCUCGCCUGAAAACCGUGGCAGUCGCUCUCCCAGUUCUCCCUCUAAAUCCCCUCACCAGUUAAAUGGUCACAGUCACAGUCACAGUCCUAGUCCUCUGGGCAGCCCCACCGAUCGCAAGAGUCCGCACAGUCCCUCAUCUCAAGGCCGAGGUUCUGUAAGCCCAGCUGCAAUGCCGACCACAAACGGUGACGUACAUAUGCACUGCCUACUCUGUCACCGAACCCUGGAAGACACAAGAUUCGUACAAUGCCCCUCAAAGCACUCUCACAAAUUUUGUUUCAACUGCUCUGCAGAAAGCAUAAAAACUCAAUCCUCGAACUCAUCCGAUGUGUACUGCCCUAGUGGCAUGAAAUGUCUUGUAGCUGGCAGCUCAACUCCAUGGGCUUUCAUGGAACAAGAGAUCAAAACUAUCUUAGUUGCUAAUGCAUAAUUUUUGAGUUACUGUGUUGUACAAUCACUGUGUUUUUUUGUCUUGAGUAUUUUUUUCAUAACAUACCUCAGUCACAGGGAGCAAAUCUGUGUAUACAUGCACCUAGCAACUUUAAAAUCACUGUCAAUAUAUAUUUAAAGCAAGUACCAAGUGCUCUUUUUACCAUUUGUGUUGUUGAUUUCAGACCAUUCAUGCUAAGAAAAAAAUUUUCUUAUAAAGUCUAAAA